CAGUUGUUGCUUGUAGCCGGAAGUAACUGGGAGAAUCGAAAUAAAACAGAGGAAGUGGGUAACCUAAAACAGUCGCCACCUAAUUUUGCUAGUCAAAAUAUAAUCAACGCUUAAUCAAACGGGAUAACUGUAACUUCAGCAAGGUAGCUAAUAAGCUACUUCACAUACACUAGCUGGAGUUCAAGACCGCUGGCUAACUGUAACGUUAGAGACUACAAUCAUGUCGAGUAUGGAAAAACACCUUUUCAACUUAAAGUUCGCUGCCAAAGAGCUCCAACGGAACUCCAAGAAAUGCGACAAAGAGGAAAAGGCAGAGAAAGCCAAAGUGAAGAAGGCCAUUCAGAAAGGAAACAUGGAAGUUGCCAGGAUACAUGCGGAAAAUGCCAUCAGACAGAAGAACCAGUCCAUCAACUUCCUGAGGAUGAGUGCUCGUGUGGACGCAGUUGCUGCCAGGGUCCAAACCGCUGUCACCAUGAAUAAGGUCACCAAGUCAAUGGCUGGAGUAGUGAAGUCCAUGGAUGCCACACUGAAAAGCAUGAACUUGGAGAAGAUCUCAGCCCUAAUGGACAAGUUUGAGCGGCAGUUUGAGACGCUGGACGUCCAGACGGCACAGAUGGAGGACACGAUGAGCAGCACGACCACGCUCACGACGCCACAGAAUGAAGUGGAUUCUCUGAUGCAUGAAAUGGCAGAUGAGGCGGGCCUGGAUCUGAACAUGGAGCUGCCCCAGGGACAGAUGGGAUCUGUGGGGACCAGCGUGGCAUCAGCAGAGCAGGAUGAGCUGUCCCAGAGGCUGGCCAAACUGCGGGACCAGGUGUAGAGGAGCUCCAAAGCGCAGUACGACUGAAGUGAUGGUUUGGACCGUGUGAUCACCCUGGACCUAAAGCUGUAGCAUCCUUCAGGGCCUGUCCCCACGCCUCUCUGCCUCAUAGGUCCUCCAUUUCACAGGGCGUUCGCAGCCUUCUCACUGUUGACUCCAAAGUGGCAGCCAUUUUGAUUUUGGAUAUAUUCACACUCCACAUCUGUGCUGCAAGGGUCGGAACCUUGAAAACGGAGAGUCAAGGGUGCGACAUGUAUUAAUGCAUACAUGUGCAUAUAUAUAUAUAUAUAGUACACUCAGUGAGCAAUUUAUUUGGUAGACCUGUACAUCAGCUUGCUAAUUAAAAUAUUUAGUCAGGCAAUCUUGGUAGCAACUAAAUGCAUAAAAGCAUGCAGACUCAGAGAUUCAGCUGUUGUUCAGACUAAAUGUCUGAAAGGGGAAGAAAUGUGAUCUAAGUGACAUUGAUUGUGGAAUGAUUGUUGGUGGUUUGAGUAUCUCAGAAACUGCUGAACAUCAAUUGAAGCUCCUGACCCGUAUCUGCAUGAUUUUAUGCAUUGCACUGCUACCACAUGAUUGGCUGAUUAGAUAAUCGCAUGCAUAAGUAGGUGUACUGGUGUUCCUAAUAAUGUGCUCAGUGAGUGUAUAUGCGUGUGUGUUUGUGUAUGAGUGUCUAAAAUGGCUGAUUUCUGUUUUAUUCUGUUCUGUUUUUUUUCUCCUGCCAGUUUGCUUGACUGAGAUUUGCUGGGAGGAGUGUGAAACCACAUUUUAAUUAUGCAGCAAUUGAAUCUGUUUUUACUUCACUUCAGACAACACUCAAAGUAUAAUACCUCUUUGUACGUAGAUAAUUACUGUGGAAAAUACAUAUACGUAUACAUAUAUAUAUAUAUAUAUUUAGAAUCAAAUGUACAUUUCCCCCCAUAUCUUAAUCCUGGGACUAAGGUCAGACCCAGUAAUGCUACGUGGUCUGGUAAGAACAUUUUCACCUGAAGGUUUCAAUAUCACAGUCCAUCAAGACUGCAAGUACUGCCCUGGUAGUACACUAAAGGGAGACUGAAAUUGUAUGUGAAGACUAAGCAGAUAUUUAUAUGCAGAAGUAUCAGGAGAUAAGGCAUUUUGUUUGAUAUAAUAUAAAUGCCAGAACAAACCUGAAAGAAGAAUAUAUCUUUGCUCUGAGUACCUCCCCCCUAGCCUUUAUUGUCAAACAUUGUGUCCAAAUUCACCUUUUAUACCUUCAUUUGACUGUGAUAGACUUUAAAGUAAAGGUGACUUAAGUGCUAAAUUCUAGACCCACCUUUACUUUAAGGUUAACAUACAUUUAUUUCAUUGUAGGCCAGUUGAUUUGCAUUUUGAUUGCUGACUCUGGCCAAAAAAUGCAGUAACCUCAAGCCCUUUAACAUGUACCAAAUAAAUACAGUAGGUGUUCAGAUCCUGUCUUGCUUAUUUAGUUAAGAUGUGUUCCUGAUUUGCUGUUCUCUGUGCAUGACCGUUCAGAUUGCAUUGUGAAAAAAUAUAAAAAUGACUCCAUGAUCCUUACUAUUUAUCACUGUCUCAUUCUUCUAUAUGUUUGGUGACAUUAGGGUGUGAAUCAAUAAACAUAUUUUUAACCUA